AUGACGAAAGAGGAUCACGGUGAGGAAAUGGUAACCCACACCCCUCAAGUGCUGAAUGUACGGACUACCGGUGAAUCGGUUUCAGCAAACCCAUUGAGGGGCGUUGGGUUGAAGGAUUGUGGCGUUUUCUCGCCAACUUCCUCUACAUUUUGUGAUACAAGCCGUUUGAUGGGAAAUACCGGACGUAGCGUAGAAAACAGCACUGUCACAUUUGUCACAGGGGCACCGGGGAAAGAGGAGGCGGACAGGCGGCAUUGUCGUGUCGGCACAAUUGCUGCGGUAGCACUUCUCAUGCUAACUGGGGUAUUUACACUUAGUUUUACGAGUUUGCUGUCAGCCCACUAUAUUGGGUCUAGUGUCGUUAUUGGUACUACAGGGCUUAUCGAGAAGGAAGCUGUUAGGAGUGUUGUUAAAAUUAUGCGGUCCACUGUUCUUCAGCUCCCGGACUUUGCGCAUAUCGUGAAUGCGAAGUAUAUUCGAAAUCAAACUUCUUUAUAUACUGUGAACAGGUUUCCCAGGGACCCUCGAGCACUGUUGUAUUCACUUAUGAGCCUGCUGUCGACGUUUAAAGACACCAUCGCAUAUUUUAAGUUUGUUCACGAGGGUGGUUCGUAUGCGUUUGCUGUUAAUUAUGAUGUAGGGGACGGUGGAAAUAAUUCUGUGGUGUUAGGUGCGUACAACAAUGACUCGUCUCGUGCGAGUUUUGUCGUGUACGAUGCGAUACGGUUGAAACGUUUGCAUGAAGAUUCCAAUCGGAAUUGGGAUAUUUCUCAUGAUUUGAGCAGGACGCUCAGUCCUUUUGGAGCAGUUGCGCGUCAAUGGCAUGAAAGUGGAAGCAAUAAGCGGUGGAUUCCAAGUGAGAUUGAGCACACCGGUGAGUACUUUAAUUAUGUGAUUCCUUUUCAUGUUGGUGGCGCCCUUGGUGCAUGCAUUGUUGGUCUGUCAACUGAUCGCUUGCUUCUUGAGUCGCGACCCCUUGUGGAAGCCUUGCGUUCCCACGGACGUGCAAUGUUGUUUGAUGAUUCGAGGGAUAUUGUUAUUUUGAACAGUUGGGGGCAGCCGCAGUCAUGGGAUGAAAACCCCUCUGACGGGGAGCUAGUAUUCAAGCACUUGACGUUGGAGGGGAUAAAUGACAGCAUUGUGGUUGAUUUAGUCCGGGAGAUGGAAAAGCAUCGUGAUCCUACUACUGACCGCCUAAGCGAUUCGGUUGAGUUAACGUUUCCUAAUAGCGGGAGUCAUGUGGAUGGCCGACUGGGCCGAAUUACCGACGAAAGCGGUCUGGACGUCACGUUGGCUGUGGUGACUAUGCGUUCAGAUUUUCUUGAAGGAGUCGUACGCACGCGGAACGUGACUAUUGUUUCCAUCUCGGUGAUAAUAUUGUUGUCCGCCGUUUUUUCCCUCGUAAGCACUUAUUACUUGGUGAAGCCUCUGAUGCUCCUUGUAUCGGCUUUAAAAAGUGCUUCCAAUUUAGAAAUCCCCGAUAAUGCUGACAUAUUCUUGGGCAGAUCCCGGAUUGUGGAGGUGAGAAAAAUACAGGGGCACUAUGCGAAGCUUCGACGCCAGUUGGCGGUUUUACUAAAGUUCAUCCCGGAGGCUAUCUUAGCCCGCGUUGAAUCUAAGAGUGAAGCUGGAGGGCAUAUUCGUGCAAAUGGAUCAGCAACUGAGACCCCUGGCGAGUCGUCCACGGCAUUCGUGAGGAUUAUGGGGGCAAGCAUCAGCGUCACUUGGAAUGCUGGUGAUCAGCAGCGCGACGUGGCGCUCAACUGCGGAAUCUUCAAGGAAAAGCCAAAUGUAUUCAACCGCAGGCAUUGUACCGUUAUAGCUAUUCAAGUGUACCACCCAGAUGUUUGGAAAAGUUCUACAAAAUACCAUGCCGCUUUGAUCGAAGUGGCUACCGAGCACUCUGGUUGUGUUGAGGCUCUUGAUCCUGAUAGAGCCCUCAUUAGUUUCGGUGCACAUGCAGCGCUUCCGAUGCACUGCAGGAGAUGCUGCCAGUUUGCCUUUGAUUUAUUCGCCAAACUUCCUUUAGAUCACCGAGACUCCGUUACCAUGUUGGUGGAUACCAAUGAGUUUCUAGUUGGAACUUGUGGCGCGUUCUCGCGAAAUGCACGAGUCCUCUUCGGCGCAGAUCAUCUGUUUCAACUCUCGCACGCAGUUAGGGAUGGUCCCUGCCGUAUUGCAGCCACAUCUGGUGGAGCCUCACAUAUGCAAGGUUUUUUAGCUUUCCCCGUGGAUUGUGUGCUCCUUCCCUGCUCCACGCUCCCCAUUGUAUUGUUUGAGUUGAGACCAGGAGAGAGCUCGAGUGAAGUUUCGCUUAGUAUUUCCAAGCAGUUUCGCCUGGGUUUUGCGGCAAUGCGCCAGGGGAGGUAUGGAGAGGCGAUGGCACAUUACCUUCCCAUGGUGAAGAUGGAUAUGCAGGCGAAGCGCUUGAUGAGGUUAUGCCGUCAGCGCUGUCGGCGUAACGACACGGUCCCAUAUGUGCGGGUGUUGGACAACCAUUACUGUGUUAAUUCUAGUGAUUGUAAACCUGAGGAACAGGAUGAAAGCGAUAUCAAAGAUAGGGUACCCGAGACAAUUGACUCUCCACGACGUCCGGAUGGGGAGGGUUCUGAAAGUGAUUCAUCAGACCAAGGCAGUGAAUCGCUGUUCAAAAUGUAUGCUCCAUCUUCCUCAUCCUCGUUGGACGGUUCAGGCUGUGCUGAGGGUGCAAAUGCUGCAGACGUCGUACCCCUUUUUCUAACCGAUUCCAAUCGGAAUGUUUGGACACGUUCACUGAAGAAAAUUAGUGAAGGAGCUUUCAGCACAAUUUUCCUUGGUGUGGCUGAGGAUGGGGCUCAGGUCGCCAUCAAGUGCAUUCCGCGGUUGCGACGUGAUGUUGUGGCUGAAUCUUUGGAGAAGGAGAUGGAGGUGGCGUCGAAGCUCCAUCAUCCUAAUAUUGUCCGGUAUGUGUCGUGUAGCAUUACACCAUCGCACCUCUCGAUAAUUAUGGAAUACGUGCCUGGUGGCUCUUUGCAUUCUGUUAUAAAAAAUUUUGGGUGCGUCAGCCCUUAUGUUGCGCGGCGCUUCACCGUCGACAUUCUACAGGGACUCAAUUAUCUCCAUAACCUUGGUAUUGUUCACUGCGAUGUGAAACCGCACAACGUCCUACUGGGUACUGACGGUGUUUGCAAGUUGUCAGACUUCGGUUCAACAAUAUCUGAAGCGUCAGUUAUGGCCAGAACCUUAGCUGAUGGUGUGAUGCUUCGCGGUACAGCACUAUAUAUGGCUCCGGAAGUGGCAGCUGGUGGGCGUUGCACGCCCCAAUCCGAUAUAUUUUCCUUCGGUAUUUCGUUGUUGGAGAUGUUACUUGGGCGCCCACCAUGGCAGUGGAGCAGCACGGCUCCAGCAGGAAGUGAUGCGACUCGCCUCCGCAGCCUCUUUAACCGGGAUUUGCUUUUUGUUCAGAGUCUUGCGCUCGGUCAUUUAGAGCCUGUCAUACCGGCUUCUGUGGAUCAUGAAGCGGCUGCUUUCGUCCGCGCCUGUUGCCAUAUGAAUCCAAGCAUGAGGCCUUCCGCAUCCAGUUUACUUUCAUAUGCAUUUUUGUUGUGA